AUGACUUCCUCAUCCCUCGAAUUACUCCGUCUACCCGUCUUUAAGGAUAUUCCACGAGAUGCUACCGACCAUGAGAGAAUAUAUCUCAGUUACCAGCGUGCUGCUGCUGCCACCAAAGCUUAUGGGAUGACGGCGGUAGAUAUCCUUCAAUGCACUCAGAAAUUCUGGGAUAUUCAUCUGGAUAUCAUCGGGGUUGUAGACUGCGCUGCAUUUACCUUGAUGACCAUUCAAAUCAACCUUGCAGCAGGGACCUUGGCUCCCUUUGCAGAGAAACAACCGCAGUACCGAGAGCUCUUGAAUCAGAUGUUGAACUUUGAAAUUUCGGCACAGUAUAUGCUGACCGAGGUUGGGCACGGUUUAGAUGCAAAGAAUUUGGAAACAACUGCAACAAUGCUUCCAAGUGGCGAGUUCGAUCUGCACACCCCUAGCCCCAGUGCGGCAAAGAUUAUGCCACCAUCUUCGCCAGUAAAGGGGCUGCCACGAGUCGGGAUUGUCUUUGCCCAGCUUAUUGUUUCUGGCGAAAAUCGUGGUAUCAGACCAUUUAUUACUUGGCUCAGCGAUGGAAAUCAGAUGUGUAAUGGUGUGACUUCAAAGUUGCUCCCCAGGCGAGCAGCAUCGAAACCGGUGGAUCAUGCCAUUACGAGUUUUACUCAUAUCCGCCUUCCCCAUUCAGCGCUCUUAGGAACUGUAGAUAAGCCAAAAGAUAUGCGCAAGCACUUCAUGUCAUCUAUCUGGCGCAUUGGAGUUGGUACUCUCGGAUUAUCACUAACCAUGGUUCCGACGAUGAAGCGGAGUGUUUUCGUCGCAGGAAAAUAUAGCCAGCGUCGACAUAUAUUGGGGCCAGACCAGAAACCCAAGCCCAUUAUCUCUUUCCGAACUCAAUACGGUCCGAUCCUGCAUGGAUUAGCGCAGAUAUUUGUUUUCGAGGCCUACGCUCAAAAAAGCAUUCAGUACUUCCAAGACCCCAGUCUGACAGAAUUGGUCCAGCAUUCCAUUGGGGCCAUGUUUAAGGCUGUUUUGUGCAAAACAUCUCAAGCUUGUCAUUUUACACUCUCGGAGCGAUGUGGAGGACAGGGUUUGUUUGAGAACAAUCAUAUUAUUGAGGCAAUGUUGGAGACGCGUGGAAUAUCGAUUGCCGAGGGAGAUAUCCUAGUGUUGUGUAUUCGAUUAGCAUCGGAACUUCUUCUAAAUCGAUACCAAAUGCCCCCUGCAAAGGACCCAUCAUCCUUUUUAGCAAAGCAUGAACAAGGGCUACUUGAUGAGCUUCACAGAAUGGCCAAGGGCAUUUCAGGAGGUCACCGUGGAGAGGAUUUUAACCGCUUGAUUUUGCCAAGAUCACAGGAACUUGUCGAGGCUAUAGGAUAUCGCAUAGCUUAUGACGCCGCUACAGAGACAGGGGUUCAUACUGACUUAGUGGCCUUGUAUGAAAUUUGGGUCAUGUUACAGGAUCAGAGCUGGUUUGUUCAGCAUGUCGGUCUAACCCGUGAGGAUAUGUUCCAGAUGGAAGCCGAAAGACUCAGCGCUGUGUUGCCUCGGUUAGAUGCUUUGCUGGAUGCUACCGGUGCUGAACCCUACUGUAAUGCGCCCAUUCUGUCUCAGACAUCGUGGGAGCAUUUCGUCGACCAAUUGGAGACUAAGACAGGAAAUGGUACUACAGACAUUGGUUACUCAAGGGGCCGGGCCAUGCUCUGA